AUGAUAUUAAGUGAUUAAAUAGCAAUAUCAGCAAAUGAAAAAGUCAUUGGCAAGUAUUUUAAAUCAAAAAUUGAUGCUUAUUAUUUAGAAAUAAAUUAAAAUAUCGAAGUAGAUGUCAUUAAUAAUAUCUUUUAGUCUUCCUUCAAUAAAAUCAAUAAUUUUCUUGAUUCAUUAAUUGAUGAUACAUAGAUGUUCACUAAUUUAACAUUCCAACAAACAGAUAAUGCAAUACCUCCUUUAUAACUUAUUUCACAAGCAGAUUUAGGAAAUUAAUAAUAUGUUUUUGAACUGAUUCAUGAAGUUUUACCAUUAUUUAUUGAUAAUCCAAAAUAAAAGAUGGAGCCCUAUCAUCAAGUCAUAAAUACUCAAUACCAACAAUAAAAUCCAUAUUAAGAAAAUUUUGAGAUUCAAAAUAUUAAUUAAACAUAGACUCAAAAAAAAUAAUCGAUUGAAUUAGUUGAUAAAGGUAAUCGGGAGGUUAUGUACAAAAAAGGUUAAUAAUUAAUGCUAUUUAAGCUAAUACUUUAACAAAAUAGAACGAGUUUAAAAACACUAUCCCAUUAAAUAAAGAAAUUGUAAAUAAUAAUCCAACAUAUGAUCUAUUAUAUUAAAAAAUAGGUAUUGCAGAUGUUUAAAAAAUUAGCUGAUGUCUUAAGAGAGUAAAAGUCUUACAUAUAAGCUAUGGAAUACUAUGAUUUAUGCAUGUCAAUUAAUUCAAAUAACUUAGCAGCUUAAUUUGGUAAAGGUUUAAAUUAAAUAUAUCAUUAAGGUGAAUGUUUAAGAGGGACACAUUAAUAUAAUGAAGCCUUAUAAUAUUAUAUCAAAGUUACAUAAAAUGAUUCAUCUGAAUUAGAAUAUUACUUUGCUUAUGGUAAAAAAUAUAUUAAAAUUUAUUAGGAAAUUGCCUAAUUAAUUUGGACAAAAAACAGGAAGCAUUAAGGAUUUAUGAUAAAUGUUUAGAAAUAGAUGAUAAUCAUGCUGAUUCCUAUGCAGGGAAAGGUUAGAAUAACAAUCAUAGUAUUAGGAAUAUGUCUACUUUUUUAAGGGAGGAAUGAUGAAGCAUUAGAUAAUAUAAAUAAAUCAUUAAAUUUAAAAUAAAAUUCCUGUUUAGGACUUAACGGGCUUGGUAACAAGUAUAAGAAAAAACUUAGGUCUGUAUUAUUUAGAAAAAAGGAAAGAUUAUUCGAAAGCAUUAGAGUAGUUUGAAAAGGUUUUGGCUAUCGAUGAUCAAAAUUUAUAUUCUUUAAAUAACAAAGGUAAUUUAAUUAGGUUUUAUCUAAAGGUAAUUGCUUAUAUUAAAUGGGUUAAUAUGAAUAAGCUAUUGAAUGUUUAGAUAAAGCUUUGGCUAACAAUCCUUCUUUUUUGUAUUCCUUAGAUAGCAAAGGUAAUUUAAUUUAGUUUUAUCUAAAGGUAAUUGCUUAUAUUAAAUGGGUCAAUAUGAAUAAGCUAUUGAAUGUUUAGAUAAAGUGCUGAUUAGCAAUACCCAAAAUAUAUAUUCCUUAAAUAGCAAAGGUAAUUUAAUUAAGUUUUAUCUAAAGGUAAUUGCUUAUUUAGAAUGGGUCUCUAUGAAAAAGCUAUUGAAUGUUAUGACAAAACUUUGGUCAUCAAUCCUUAAUAUUUACAUUCUUUAAAGGGGAAAGGUAAAUUUGAUUUAUUUUAUCUAAAGGAAACUGCUUAUAUUUAAUAGGACAAUAUAAAUAAGCUAUUGAAUGUUUAGAUGAAGCUUUGGCCAUCGAUCCUUAAAAUCUACCUUCAUUAAAUGGCAAAGGUAUAUUUAAAUUUAUUCUCUAAAGGUUCCUGCUUAUUUAGAAUGGGUCUUUAUGAAAAAGCUAUUGAAUGUUAUGACAAAACUUUGGUCAUCAAUCCUUCAUAUAUACCUUCUUUGGUUAGCAAAGGUAGAAUUAAAUUAAUUAUCUAAAGGUAGCUGUUUAUAUAAAAUGGAGCAAUAUGAAUAAGCUAUUGAAUGGUAUAGCAAAGCUUUGGCCAUCGAUCCUUAAAAUAUACCUUCAUUAAAUGGCAAAGGUAUAUUUAAUUUACUUUAUUAAAAGAAUUAUGCUUGUAAAUUUUAAAAAACUGAG